AUGAGAAGAUUAUGCUCUCUUCCGUUCCUCCUUGGCCUCCUGUCUCUCUUCCUUACCCUCCUCCACCCCUUCGCCACCACCACCACCUCUACCUCCGCCAUUCCCUUAACCACCAUCGCCACCGGCAUCCGCCUUGGCAUCGUACGCAAGCCGUUCGUCCCAGAUGCCACCGUGUUUCGCGAAGCUCCGGCCUUCCGUAACGGGGAGACAUGCGGAAGACCCUCCGGGGACGCCGAGCACAUCCACAUUGCCAUGACCCUGGAUGCUAAUUAUCUCAGAGGGACCAUGGCUGCCGUGUUGUCCAUCCUGCAACAUUCGACGUGCCCCGAGAACGUCGUCUUCCACUUUCUUUGGGUGAGGCACGAAACCGAGGUGUAUUCCAACAUUAAAUCUACCUUCCCUUACCUCAACUUCAAGGUGUAUCGCUUCGAUUCGAGCAGGGUUCGCGGGUUAAUAUCCAAGUCCGUUCGCCAAGCUCUAGACCAGCCCUUGAAUUAUGCACGUGUAUAUCUCGCAGAAAUAAUCCCCGCGGAGGUCAAGCGCGUUAUCUAUCUCGAUUCUGAUCUUGUCAUGGUGGACGAUGUUGGGAAGCUAUGGGGCGUCGAUUUGGAAGACAAGGUUUUGGCUGCACCCGAAUAUUGCCAUGCAAACUUCACUAACUACUUUACGGAAGCAUUUUGGGCUGACCCGGAGUUGCCCAAAAUUUUUCAAGGGAGAGAUCCUUGCUACUUUAAUACGGGAGUGAUGGUGGUGGAUGCUGAUAGGUGGAGACGAGGAAACUAUACUCAGAAGGUUGAGGAGUGGAUGGCAGUGCAGAAGCAAAAGAGAAUCUACCGUUUGGGCUCUCUGCCGCCAUUCUUGCUCGUCCUGGCCGGAAAUAUUAAGGCAGUUGAUCACAGAUGGAAUCAGCACGGACUGGGCGGUGAUAAUAUUGAAGGAAAAUGCAGGAGUUUGCAUCCCGGGCCCAUCAGUUUAUUGCAUUGGAGCGGAAAGGGUAAGCCGUGGUUGAGACUGGACUCCAGGAAACCCUGCAACGUUGAUCAUCUAUGGGCUCCUUACGAUCUUUACCGCUCCUCAAAACAUUCUUUUGAGGAAUAG